AUGGGGGGAAGCAGAAGAGGAGGUGGUUGCGGGGGGGAGGAAGAUGAGCCCGUGAGUCCAGCUGGGCGAUUCUUCCUACAACCGGAGAUGGACCAGGUGAUCAAUUCCGUCUUCGGCUUCGAGAACCCCAUCGACAUUCCCGCCGUCAAGGCCGAGUGCCAGCGGACCCUCAUCCGUUUCCACCCUCGUCUGCGUUGCCUCCUUGUAAGCAAAGCAAAGUCUAUAUCUUCCCCUCUUCUUCCCCUCUUCUUCCCCUUCCCUUAUUCUCCAAUUCGGAUCCUCAGGUGACAGACAAGAAAGGGCGGGAGCACUGGCGGCCGGCGCCGGCGUUCGACAUGGACGACCACGUGCUCGUCGUCCCCGAAGAAGACGACGACGGUAGCGAGAGCUACGUCAGCGAUUACGUGGCGGCGCUGACCGUCUCAACGCCGCUCAGCAUGGAGAAGCCGCUGUGGAAGAUGCACAUCCUUCCGAGCCGGCGCUGCAUCGUCCUGCGGCUGCACCACGCCCUCGGCGACGGCGUCUCUCUCAUGUCCCUCUUUCUCGCCUCGUGCGAGCGCACCGACGACCCAUCUCUGCCGGUGACCAUCCCCGGGGACGGCCCACGGGGUAAGAAAGCUCCGCUCACGGCCCUCUCUCUGGUGGCGCUCCUCUGGAGGGCCCUGAAGGUGGCCUUCUUCACCUUCUUCUUCGUCGUGAAUUUCCUUCUUCACGCCGCCUGGGAAAAGGACGAGCCCAACCCGAUCUCCGGCGGCGCCGGCGUCGAGCUCUGGCCCCGGAAGCUGGUGACGGUGACCUUCGACCUCGAUGAUAUCAAGACCGUCAAGGCGAGGCUCAACGGGGUACGCUCAGCUGUCUGAUCACCUCUCCUGCUUAAUUACGUACUUCAUUUUACGUCAAUUACGUCAACGUCAUUAUCCCGAUCAUAAUUAUGAUAUCUUGGCGGAGGGUCAGCCGCUCCAGGGUGGGGUCCACCACCAGCAGCACGGGAUCCAGCCUGGGUUGCGAUUAGUUUCCCUGGAGGAGAUGGAAGAUGACGAACGCGUACUUUUAAGGAUUAUUUACCUCUAAACCCCCACCCCGUAAAAACCUUGAUUACUGGCCGGAUGGAUGGAUGUGGUUCUAUCCCAGGAACAUCUUUGCUUUCAGUUUUUCACCUAAAGAAAAAUUCGUUAUAUUUGAAGGAAAAAUCGUUGAGUUACUCUUUUUAUAUUAGAUGCAUUCGGGAGAUUUUAAAAUAAUUAAGAAUAUGCCACGUUAUAUGGUUUGAAGAUAAGGUCUAAAUGAAAAAUGCAUAACUUCGUACCCAAACCUUGUGUACUUUAUUCAAUAUUUCUAAAGGCUUUUAUUUCACUCUAUUUGCUGGUAUAAUUAGGUUUGUUAGGUUUUCAUUGGUUAAUAGACACGGUUAUUACAACUAUGCUUAAUUAUCUUGUUGAGAGAGAGAGAGAGAGAGAGAGAGAGAGAGAGAGAGAGAGAGAGAGAGAGAACCGACAGAGAAAAAAUACCUUACCUUUUUUAAUUUAUAACAAAAGAUGUGCUUAGUUUAAUAUUUUGUAUUCUCAAUUAUUUUUACUAAUGGAUGUUUUUUUUGUACAAUCUUUAGACAAUUAAUGAUGUUCUUGUUGGGAUCAUAGCUAGUGGAUUGGCAAAAUAUUUUAAGUUGAGCUCUUCCAAAGGUAUUACACAUGAAUAUUUCCUUCACAUAUUUUCAAUUAAUCUCAAUUGCUUUUUGCUUUUUUGAUCAAAAUUAAUAUAUCUUUAUCUUCUACAGAAUCAAAAAGCAAUCUUGGCAUUACUGGAGUAGCAAUGGUUAAUACAAGAGAAACGCAUGGCCUACAGGUUUUAAACUUAGUUCUUUCUAAUCUUUUGGUAUAAAUAUUUGGGUGUCUUUCACACUUCCUAAUUGAAGUUAAAAGGGAAAAAUGUUUUGCCUUAACAUGUGAGUUAAUUUAAUAGUUGAUCUUGGGAAGGUUCACUGAUGUGUUUUCUUUUAACUCCAUUCCUGAAAACAUUUGACAUUCCUAAAGAGCAUAUGAUUUUAUAUUUUCUAAAAUAUUAUUUCUUGGAUAUUUUUUUUAAAUUGGUUGCAAGCAGUUCAGUUUUAUCAAUGGAUUGGUUAGAAGGUCAAUUAUGGAUUAUAAAUAAAUAAUAAAUGUAAGAAUACUAACAUAGUUCAAUAAAUAUACACAGAAAAUUUGCAAAGUUUUUUAAGGAAAUUUAUUCAUUCCAUGUUAUGCACACAUUCAAAGGUAUAAAGGUAUGGGAUUGGUAUUUAGUUCUCAGUGUGAACACUAACUCUAUUUUUAUCUCAACACCAUUGACAAGGUGAGAAAAAGACAUGUUGGAUGAAAAAUAGUUUUUUCAACCAGUUACUUCAUAAGUUGUAAGAUUGUUUUAGUCAAUGUUCAGAGGUCAUAUAAUUUCAUCUUGAAAUUAUAAGUCAUUGUUAUCAGCAUAACUUUUCUUUAAGAUUCUCUUCUUUUAGUUGGGUUGUUGUGACAUUUAUCAAUCUUAUGAGGAACUUGUCUUCUUACAAACAAUAAUUUUUUACUAUGACGAUUAUUGAAGGAUUUCUUCAGGAAGAUUAAAGAAGGAAAAUUAGAAUGGGGGAACCGAUUUGGUUUUGUUCUGCUACCCAUAUGUUUGCAUAAGAGUGUUCAUAAUCCUCUUGAAUAUGUACAUCAAGCAAAGGCUCUCCUUAGUCGGAAGAAGCAAUCUUUGGAGGCACACUUUGCAUACCACGGUGGUGCCCUAAUAAUGUCCAUUUUUGGUCCAAAGGUAAUUAUUAAUGUUGAGAUUAGACCCAAUAUGUUCUAUAUAGCUUCAUUAACUAAUCUUAUUAUCAUCAUUAUUACUAUUAUUAUUUAUUUCUAUCUUGGUUCCUUACAUUUUAUGAGCUUUACAUUUUCAGGUUGCAACAUUACUCAAUUAUAGGAUUCUUUGUAACACAAGCUUUACAUUAUCCAAUCUUGUGGGUCCCUCUGAAGAAAUAAUGUUCGUGAAGAAUCCUAUCACUUAUAUCAGGGCUACUUCAAGUGGUUUACCGCAUGUGGGUGUUUCUCUCAACCAUGGUUCUUCUACUAGUUUUAUUAUAAAAAUAAAUGUGAAUUUAGAUCUGAUGACCCUUGAUCCUUGUGGUGGCUUUGUAGGCACUCAUAAUUCACAUGAUCAGUUAUAAUGGCAAGGCAGACUUACAACUUCUUGUGGCCAAGGAUAUAAUUCAUGACCCAGAGACACUUGCCAAGUGUUUUGAGGACACGCUUAAGGAAAUGAAGCUGUUAUCUAUUACCAAGAUUUAG